AUGUUUGUUAUUGUCUUUGUAGAUAAUCUUGAAGAAAAGUCAAUGUCUGGAAAUAACCAGUUAGGAGUGCUCAAGGCACUCGAUGUAGCCAAAACACAGCUUUACCAUUUCACGGCAAUUAUUAUCGCCGGUAUGGGUUUCUUCACCGAUGCCUACGAUUUAUUUAGCAUUGCAUUGGUCACAAAGCUUUUAGGUCGCAUCUACUACCACAAGGUGGGUGCAGAGAAGCCGGGAACACUCCCACCAGAAGUGGCGGCGGCGGUCAAUGGUGUUGCUCUAUGUGGGACACUUAUGGGUCAACUAUUUUUUGGGUGGCUUGGAGACAAACUUGGCCGGAAAAAAGUAUAUGGGAUCACUUUGAUUAUGAUGGUUGUUUGCUCUGUCGCCUCCGGUCUCUCGUUUGGAAAUAAUUCAAAAGGCGUCAUGACCACUCUUUGCCUUUUCCGGUACUAUAAAGAAAUUUAG